AUGCUCCGCCGCAGAUGCUUUGCAGCUUUCUGGUUGACUGCAGCCUGUGCCGCGGCAUAUGUUUUCAAUGAAAGCUCGGAGGCCCAGUGCUUGCAUGAUGCAAUUGCCCUCCACAGAAGGGGUUUUGUUCCGAGCCUCUCCGGACGCAACUCUUCUGUCGGCUUGGUGUCCUAUGACUGGGACUCGUCCAAGCUAGUGACAAACAUUGCAGCUAUCCUUGUCCGCGAAGCCUUGGGAAUUCAUUCGCAGGUCAGCGCAGACGUCGCAGUGGACGUCACUGAUGGAAUCUGGCUGUUGUCUGAGUGCCGGGACACCGGAGGCAUAGAAUGUGUGGGUGAACAGAAUCACGCUGCACUUGAAAGCUGGUUGGGUUCAUCACCCACUGGGUACGCCGCAUUCCAGAAGGCCAACCCCGAGCUCGCUCCAGAAGACCUUGGUUCUAUUGGAUAUGCAGGAGAGGAGCAUCUGUUCCUGACUGCAAGUGUUCAGGAUGCAGCUUACCGCGAUUCUGGCCUGGCCCUGGAGUUUUACAAGAGUUAUAAUACGUCCUUCCAUGAUCCGAAGAAGUACUUUGAUCAUGUGUCCGAUUUGUCGCUUGCGGACCUUGUCCCGUGCAAUCGAACAGAUCUCGAGUUCAACAAUGGACCAUUGAUGGCCAUGUAUGCUCACUGGACCGGGGAUCUAGAAGGAGUUUCUUGGGUCAAUGAGAGCGACGAGGGGCAUUUUGUGGCGACGUGUCCUGAUGCGUAUUUCUGGAUCAGCCCAGCCUGCCGUCACAACACUUCUGCGUGCAUUCCAGUUCUAUCUGCGGGCAAUGGCUGGCGCAUCAAUGCCUUCAUGCAGUGGUCGGCCACUUACGGAAUUCCGGCAGCGAUCGGGGUUGCAGGAGACUUUGGCGUGUACACGUGGUAUGUUACCAACUUGCGCAUCUUAUUUUACUGGUGGGUUCCAGAUGCUGCCUUCACUCUUCUGCAUCCUUCUGCCAUUGUCUUGCCCCGCUACAGGGCAAGCGAGUGGGCCAGGGGCAAUUUAAGAACAGCGGCAGAAGGAUCCUACAUCGGCAAGCUCGUGAAGCCAAGCUUGCGCUCCACGGCUCCCAAGCUGCGCCAGUUCUUUCAGAACCUGCGAUUCGAGCUUCUGGAGAUGCAAGAGCAGCUGGCCAAUGUGGCCAGUGGAAAGCCUCUGGUUGAGGUUGCUUGUCAAUGGGUCAAAGACAACAGAGCUAUCUGGCAAUCAUGGGUGCCAGUCGACACGACCUGCAUCGCCGGGUUUGGCGUGGAAGAUUCACAGACACGUCACCUUGCCUCUCGUGACGGGGCCGUGUCCUGCAGCAUUUGUCCUCCUGGAAGCUUCUCGGAGAGCCUUGUCGACGGGAUUGGAGAGACUUACCGUUGCAGGUCGUGCCCGGCCGGUAGAUCACAGCGAGAGUCUGGUGCCCUGCUUUGUCAAAGGUGCGAGCCUGGAAGCUUCAGUGAUCGAACUGGCAUGGCGGAAUGCAUCCCAUGUGACCUCGGCACCUUUGCCAACGUCAGCGGCUCGACCGCGUGUCACAUCUGUGGAAAUGACGAUUUCUGGACCACAAGCCGACCUUUACUAAGAGAAAAAGUAGAGAAGUGGGUCGAAGUGGCUGGGGCGACUUCACAAGCAAUGUGUAACUGCAGAGAGGGUUCUCACCUUCAUGAAGGCCGCUGUGAGAUGUGCAGCGUGGGAACACGCUGCCCUGGCUCUGGCAACUUGGAACUUCUUCCAGGAUAUGCUUCGCUCGUUAACGAGCCAGGUCAGGUCUUCAAGUGCUAUGGAAACUCGUUGAGAUGUCCAGGAGGGGCCCCUGGAACUUGUGCAAAAGGAAGGGAUGCUGGCAGCCUGGCUUGCGGCAGCUGUGCGCAUCGUCUGCGUGCCACACAAUCUGGCGAAUGCGCUUCAUGCGCCUCAGGUGACUAUGCCUUGUUGCUCGCGGGAGGAUUGGUGCUGUUUGGAGGAACCGGAGUUUUCCAUGCUGUCCUCAAUGCGGGUCGCGAUGGAAAGCAGGAUGGUCGCCUACUCGUUGCCUCGCUCAGCUUAAGCCAGCUGGUUACCUGCGCACAGGUGUUGUCUGUCAUUCACCAACUUGACAUCGAGUGGGGGGAGCCCUUCACUUGGUUUCUGCAAGCGUUAGACAUACUUUCUCUUGACGUGCUUCUCUCCACGUUGACCUAUUUUGACUGUGUGGCUGAGCUGACGCCGAUACUGCAACUCUCCAUGGAGACUUUGGGCGUGCCCUUGCUCGCAGCGCUGGGACCGCUAUUGAUCCACAUCUACCGCAGAAUGCGCAAAAGAAGGAGACAUGCGAGGACGUACAUGCUCUGGAGAACGCUUGGUGUACUUGUGAUUCUGUUUUUUAUCACCUUCUGCAGCUCGCUGCUGGAGCCCUUUCGCUGCAAUGAGCAUCCCAGCGGAGUGCGCACAGUGAGAACUUAUCACAACGUGCACUGCGACUUCGUUGGCAUGCAUCUGCAUCUCUGUCUCCUUGGUGGGGUAGUAUUUUUGUUUCCGCUGUCCUUCCUGGUGCUAUGUGCAUGGAUACUCUGGAUGGAGUUGCCAAGGCGCCUACACAGGGGCGAUAUGAAGUUCAUAAGGUCCUGCUCCUUCCUCUUCAUGAGGUUUCGGCCAGGAUGUGAGCAUUUUUGUGCAAUUUUCCUAUUCCGGAACGUGCUUAUUGUCAUCUCCCCCUUGCUUCCAUCAAUGUCGGGGGGCCUCGUGUUCCUGAAUUUGCUGCUGUAUGGCAGCUUUUUCCUGGUGGCCUUCGGUAGACCUUGGCGGAUGCUUCAUUCGACGUACCUUGACUUGUUUAUUCAUGCGGGAUUGCUUCUGGUUCUGGAUAUGGGCACUCUUUUCACGCCACCCGUGGACAACAGAGUUGCCAUGGUGAUCUGUUCCGUAAUGACAUCAUUCAUGGUGCUGGCAGCCAUCGUGCUGGCCGCAUCUGCCGUCUGGCAGCACUUUCUCGUUCAGCGCAAGCCGUUCCAUUUCUUCCUAUGUCACCAUAAGAAAGCAGCAGGCAGCUUUGCACGCCUACUAAAGAUUGAGCUGCUUCGCCGGAGCUCGAGCUUUACUUCCUUUAUCGAUGUGGACGACCUGUCUGACUUGAGCAAGCUGUUCUCGUAUGUUAGUCACGACGUGGAGAAAUUGGUUCUAUUCGGCACUCCUGAUGUCUUGAAGCGAACAUGGUGUGUCGGUGAGCUAGUAGUAGCAAGGUUGCACAAAGUGCCGACCAUCCUGCUCAAGCUGCCGAGCUUUUCCCAGCCUGAUGACGCUUUCUUACUUGCGUAUGACAGCCUGGUGCCCGAUUUGGGUGAUUUUGCAAGUUAUGGCUUCGGAAUGAAGGAAGUCAAGGACACCUUGCGAUGGCUGGGAUCUGUUGAGACAAUCUCGCUGCCGAGCUAUUUGAGCAAGCAGGUACUGCAGCAUGUUGUCUCCUCUUUGACAGAGACCCGCGCGGCUCUCCGAAGCUCCCAGCAGACCUUCGACAACGGUUGUCUUGUAUUAGCUGACCCCGAGAAUAUGGAGGCUACAGCAACUGCUUAUAUCCUAGCAGAGUUGACGGCUCGCGAGAUGAUGCAUUCAUCUGUACCUGUGGUGCUCAGUGCUGAAGACAGAGUGGGCCCAACGAAGGUGGAUGUACUACACUUAAUUCUGGUGUGCACUGGGGGUUGUCUUGAAUCGAGCAAAAUUGCGGAAUGGCUGCUUCAGGCUCGAUUCAUAGCCACCUGCUUUAUAUCACCUGUGAUCUCGGACGACAGGUUCGAGCUCCCGUCCAAGAUGAGUUACCAAAAUCUUGCCCGGCAUCCUUAUGCCGACACGCUUGACCUCGGGACGUAUGUGCGCGUCUUGCAAGCCGUGUUUCUGGAGAUCGCAUUGCCUUUCUCACCACAAAGCUGCUCGGAAGCUGAGCUAAGAUUGAGAGCAAAGCAGAUAUCCGCACGACUUCAUCCAGGAGCUGCAGUGCGCAAUCUCAGUUCUCGCCUGGUAAUGCUUGCAAGCAAUGAAGAGUUGAUUGAAGUCAGCCUGGCCUUGGCAGCUGACGCCAGGAGUGCAGACUCGGGCAGCCUCGGAGCGAACAUUUCAGAUGCGGACGAGCUUGAGCUCCAGCGCAUGGUUUCCUCCAAAUUUUCGGACUUCACGGCAUCCUGCGAUGCAAUGCCCGUGGAAUCUGACACUGUUGAGGUAGCAUUCUAG